UUUUGGCUUUUUGGAGGGAAGAGACCAUCAUCCUUCUCUUCAAUGUCUAUAUUCACUCUCUUCACUUUCCUUUUCUUUUAAUUAUACUGAACAAGAAUUCUCCGGGAAUUCAAGAAAUUGGUCUUCUGUACUGUGAUUUCUCUCUCAAAAAAUGGAUCAAAGCAAGAAGAGAGUAGUUCAACUUCAACCAGAUUGGUACUCUCCAAGAAGAUUACAUGAUAGCCCCACUCAAUACGAAUUUCCAGGCGAUAGGUUUAUACCAAACAGGAGUUUAAUGAAUCUUGAUCAAGCCCACUGUUUGUUGACAAACAAAAUCAAAGAAAUACACAAUCCUAAUUUCGGUAAAGGAUACAGAGAAAUGUUGAGGGAAAGUCUAACUUUGGACUCAGAAGGGAGACCAUUUAGGAUGUUGGUUUUUAGAGGAAGUCCAAAAUCUCGGAGAAAGUGGAAUUAUGUUAUUGAUGAGAUGAGAAGAGAUAUUGAUGCAGAGGUAUUGAGUAAUGGAAUCAAGCAACAUGAAUCUCGCCACUUGCCUACGAAAGAAGUUAAGGUUCUGGACGCACCAAAAAUAAAAGAUGACUACUAUGUGAACCUCAUGGAUUGGGGAAAGAACAAUGUUCUUGCUGUCGCGUUGGGGUCGGCACUAUACUUAUGGAACGCAGAGAACCAAGAGGUAAAGAAGCUUUUGGAAGUUCAAGGUCACAAUGACUACCCAACAAGUGUAGCCUGGUCAGAGAAAGCCACAAGUUUGGCAAUUGGAUGCAUGAAAUCCAAACUUCAAAUCUGGGAUCCCGAGACUUCCAAAUGUAUUAGAAGCUUGGGAGGUCAUCAGAGCAGGAUAGCAGCCAUUGCCUGGAAUGGUCAUACUCUAACAACAGGAAGCCGCGACAGAUCCAUUAUUAAUCAUGACGUAAGAGUGAGAAACAGCCCAACUUCACGCAUACAAGCACACACCGAAGAAGUAUGUGGUUUGAAAUGGUCCAGUGAAGGUAACGUACUGGCAAGUGGAGGAAAUGAAAGCUUUAUAUACAUAUGGGAAGCUUCUAAAAUGAGCUCUUCGAACUUCUUGCAUCGAUUCAAUGCCCAUAAUCAAGCUGCAGUCAAAGCACUUGCUUGGUGUCCCUAUCAAUUCAAUGUACUGGCCUCGGGAGGAGGUACAGGAGACGGAUGUAUUAAGAUAUGGAAUAUGAAAGGAGGGACUUGUACUCAUAGCAUUGAAACCAAAGCACAGAUAUGCGGGCUGGAAUGGAACAGACAUCACAAGGAGAUACUAAGUGGCCACGGCUAUGGCAAUUCCGAAGUUCAAAACCAUCUAUGCUUGUGGAAGUACCCUUCCAUGACUAAAGUGGGAGAAAUAAAUCGUCAUGAACGCAGGGUCAUCAGCCUUUCUCAGAGUCCUGAUGGAUUAACUGUGGUAUCAGCUGGAGGGGAUGAGACUCUUCGCUUCUGGGAGAUCUUUGGACCACCUCGUGUUGGAAACUCUGCCUCAGAUUUUGAAAACCUUUUGUCUUUCAAAACAUCCCUCGUAAGAUGAUUGCAAGUGGAACAGUUGUUUCAUUGUUUGGUACAAGCUAGCUUCCUCCUUUGCUUUUAAUUUAUUCUGUUAGCGUACAGAUUUAUAAUGCACAGUUGUAGCUACAAAUGUUAUAUACAAGAAAAAUACAAGUAACCCCCCACGUUUUGAUAACAGAAGUGAACUGAUGCUAUUUUCCAUGCAAAA